AUGGGGUUGAAAUCUUUGUUCAAAAUUAAGACAAAACGUGUCCCUAGGGCAGAUAAUCCUUUCGUUAGUAUUGAUAAUCCAAUGCCCGUGAAUUUAUCGAGGAUAUCCUCGAUAGAUUCACGCGCAAGGAUUGAGGAGGAAUUAGAACAAGUGUUCAAGAAAUUCGACGUAAAUGGAGAUGGAAAAAUAUGUUCAUCGGAAUUGGGAUCCAUCAUGUCCAGUCUAGGAAAUUCCGUGACGGAGGAGGAGUUGAUCAACAUGAUACGUGAAGUGGAUGCGGAUGGGGACGGGUUCAUUGAUUUACAAGAAUUUAUUGAGCUUAAUACAAAAGAUAUCGAUUCCGAUGAGGUAAUUGAAAACCUUAAGGAUGCAUUCUCGGUGUUUGAUAUGGAUAAGAAUGGAUCAAUAUCCGUGGAGGAGUUGCAAACCGUUCUCCGAAGCCUCGGAGAGGAUUGCACGUUGGCGGAAUGUCGGAAAAUGAUAAGUGGUGUCGAUUGUGAUGGAGAUGGGAUGAUCAAUUUCGAGGAGUUUAAGAUUAUGAUGGUAAAAGGUUCUCGCUUUGAUGUAACGGAUGCUAGGAUUGUGUAA